AUGUCUGAAGCUUCGCAGCCCGCCAACGGCGGUCCCGUCAACUUCAACCCAACACCCGCCCAUCACCAAGCUUCGCCUUCUCAUCAUGACUCCUUCUCAGGCAACUCGCGCUCACUGGACGAACUCAUGAUCUUGAAGCCCUACUUUGCAGGCCAACCCAAAUCACUGUCCGGCAUAGCUCUGAGGGCCUUUUGUCUGGGUAUUGCCCUGGCGUUAAGUGCUAUCGCCAUGGUGGCCGUCCUAUUCUUGACAUCUAGCCCUGCUUGGCGUGUGCCCUUCUUCCUCUUUGCCCUCUCUGCUUUCCACUUCCUUGAAUUUUGGACUACAGCUGAGAAGAACACACUUGUGGCUAGCAUCGGGAGCUUCCUCCUUACUGCAAACUGGCCAGGGUAUGCCAUCGCCCAUUCUGCUGCAUUUGCUGAAUGUGCCUUGGUCAACCUUGUUUUCCCUGAGCGUCAUUGGGCACCCUUCGGCACUGGGCCUUUACUUCUGGUCGUGGGUCUCCUCAUGGUCACGGGUGGGCAGUAUGUCCGCUCAGUGGCUAUGCUGCAAGCUGGGGCCAGCUUCAAUCACCAUGUCCAGACCAGGAAGAAGGACUCGCACGAGUUGGUAACCACGGGUAUCUACUCCGUCUUCCGCCACCCGAGCUACUUUGGAUUCUUCUACUGGGGGCUGGGAACUCAGCUGGUAAUGGGCAAUGUUCUGUGUUUCUUUGCCUAUGCGAGUGUGCUUUGGAUGUUUUUCAGCAAGAGGGUCAAGCAUGAGGAGGCCAAGCUCAUUGAGUUCUUCCAAGAUGAUUACGUGCAGUACAGGAAGAGGGUUGGCACAAAGAUCCCCUUUGUCGGGUAG